CUGGCAACCCCCCGGUCGGAUUAGACAACACUCAGUCUGUCAGGGAAGUCGGUCGGGACUUUAAAACAUUGGAAAACAUGAAGUAAAAACUUUCUGAAGCUGAAGAAAGUAACAUGAUUUCUUGGGAGGACUAGUCCGGCUAACAGCCGAAGACUCCUGCAGCCUGUGGAUAAAAUGCGUUUCAUUAUAUGACCGUUUUGUUGCCGCUGUCAGCAUGGCAGGUAUUUUAACGUGUUUGAAGCGGGGACUGAAGGUUGACGUGCUGAGGGAAGCUGGCCGUCAGUAUCCAGUCUUCUGCUUCCUGCUGCUGUCUAUGCUCUCUCUCACCGUGCUGCUCAACAGGUAUAUCCACAUCCUGAUGGUCUUCUGGUCGUUUGUGGCCGGUGUCGUCACUUUCUACUGCUCCCUCGGACCAGAGUCCCUUCUCCCAAAUAUCCUCUUCAACAUAAAGCCAAGGAACACACAGCGGCAGGAGCAGGAGUUGUUUCCUCUGGGCCACAGCUGUGCCGUGUGUGGAAAGGUCAAGUGCAAACGUCACCGGCCGACCCUGCUGCUUGAAAACUAUCAGCCAUGGUUGGACCUGAAGGUUCAUUCAAAGGUGGACGCUUCAAUAGCAGAGGUGUUCGAGUUAGUUCUGGAGAACUUUGUGUUCCCCUGGUACAGGGACAUCACAGAUGACGAGGCGUGCGUGGACGAACUGAGGAUGACCUUUCGCUUCUUCGCAUCAGUGCUCAUCCGCCGGGUUCAGAAGGUCGAUGUUCCUGCCGUGUUUGCUGACAAAGUGAUGAAAGCUGCGAUGAAGCAUAUUGAAAUUAUUGCAAAAGCUCGAGAUAAAGUGAAGAACGUGGAGGCUUUACAACAGGCAGCUCUGGAUGAAUACGGCACCGACCUCCACGUCGCUCUGCACAGCCGAAAAGACGAACUGCUCUACCUGAGGAAGCUGACCGAGAUGCUGUUUCCCUACGUCAUGCCUCCCAAAGCAACAGACUGCAGGUCUCUGGCUCUGCUGCUGCGGGAGGUGAUGGCUGGAUCGGUCAUAUUACCCACCAUGGAUUUCAUGGCUGACCCUGACACUGUGAACCUCCUGGUGCUGCUCUUUGUUGAUAAUAGUCCACCUGAACCAGCCACAGAGCCUCCGUCUACCCUGGUUCCAUUUUUACAGAGAUAUGCAGACAUCAGCAACAAGAAGUCGUCUGUGCUGAAGUUGGAGCUGAAGGAGAUCAGGGAAGAGCAGGAUCUCCUUUUUCGUUUCAUGAACUUCCUGAAACAGGAAGGAGCCGUGAACGUGCUGCAGUUCUGCCUCACCGUUGAGGAAUUCAACGAUAAGAUCCUGAGUCCGGAGCUGAGCGACUCUGAGCUGCAGCGUCUGCACGGCGAGGUGCUGGACAUGUACGAGACCUACUGCCUGGACGAAAGCAUCGACAAGAUCAGCUUCGACAAGUUCAUCGUGGAGGAGAUAAGGAACAUCGCUAAAGGUCCGUACGCCGACGUGGUGAAGCUGCAGACGAUGCCCUGCAUGUUUGAGGCGUACGAACACGUCCUGUCUCUGCUGGAGAAAGUCUUCACCCCGAUGUUCUGUCACAGCGACGAA